GUUAGUAGUGAAUUGAUAUUUGAUAGUUGUUAUCCUGUAGCGGCAACUGUAUCUCAUUUUCCGAUUUUAGCGAUCGUAAACGUUCGAAUUUCGAUCGACACAAUAGCUACCCAGUGACAAAACGAUUCAAGUGUUCGAUUAGAAUCCCAUUGUUUGAUAAAUUAAAAUGAAGUUUGAACUGCGUAGGUUUUUGUGUGUUAAUUAUUCAUUAAACCGGUUUUAAUUGAAGUUUGAGUGCGAUAGCGCGGGACGAUGGCGUUUUCGUUGAACAGGUUGAAGAAUUUUCUGAAUAACAACAAGGAUGGGCAGCUCGCCGGCAGCGGUAGUUUGGAGCCGGAAAUCGGCUUCAAACUCGCUCUACACCCGACUAACAAGAGCAUGUAUGUUACCGUCAUAGGAGCGAGGCACCUCCCAUCCCUUUUUGGACUCAGUCGCGCCCAUGGAUACAUCGUCAAGGUCAAGGUUUUCCCUGGCGAUAACAAAUAUGAAACUUCCCUACAAGAAAGUUCGUGGCCGCUAUGGAACGAAGAUUUCAAAUUCCAACUGAAACUUAAAGAUUCCAAGAAAAGUACCGAUAAAAUCGAUCUUCAGAGUUUGGUGGCGGGCCAUUUUCUUUCAUUAACAAUCUACGCUGUUCUAGAAGCGCCAAAGCAGGAAAUAGACAGAAGAAAGAGCACGAAAGAAACAAAAACAAAGAUAAACGAGGAGGAACCGAAAUCUAAGAGUAUUUUUGAUAAGACCUUUAGUUUUAAGUCCACGAAAGCGGAGGCGGUCAUCCAGAAAUCGCUUCUAGAGAAGAGACGGACUGUGGGUGCGGCGACGUGGAAUUUCGAUUCCAAACUAUUCCAGAAUGACCUAAAGAAUGGACUGAUAGGAACCCCAGACAUCUGGAGACCUAUCAACGCGAUUGCCAGUGGAUUGUCAGCCGCUGAUUCGAGACGCGAGAACAAGAAGGGUCAGCUAGAAGUGACACUGCUGUAUACUGGCAGCGAGGACGGCCUCAACGACGUUGUGCAGCUCACCGUCAACCGCCUGAGGUGCUCCGUCCAGACCAUGCAGGAGCAGGAGCAGUAUAAAGCGCCGCUGUACCUAAAAGCGACGAUCUUGGAAGCCAACAAGGCAGAAUGCUACUGGAAGAGCGACAGAUUUCUACCGACCAUCUCCGCAAGAUGGGAUCCUAAGUCCUCCACAGUAAAACUAAACGUGUUCAAGGCUAAUCUAGACAAAGUUAGUAUCUACAUAAGUCUAGGCUGUAAAACCAAGAUGGCGAAGAAGGAAAUGCUAGGAAAAGCGCAUAUAGAGGAGAAAUCUCCGUACGCCGAUAGCUGGAGGGAAUGUCUUCGACAGCCGGGCAUACCAAAGACGUUUUGGGUAAACUUUGAGUGAUUGUAAAUGUUUGUAUGAAGUAUUAACCGACGUAUUCUGGUUGUGAUAUGUUUGUAAAUGAUAAGUUGUUUAUCAGACUCUAUGUGAGUUACUGUGGAUUCGAGAUGGGGACCAGCGAAAUUAUUUUGUGUUUCGGUGUCAAGACAUAUUUAAUGGUCGUUUUAGCAAAUUGAAAAGUCAAUCUGGUUGUUAUUUUCUAUAAUGAUUCAACAGCGUAGCUGCAUUAAAACAAGCAUUAAAAGGGCCCCGUAUCAGAGUUUUCUAGGCCUAAUCAGUUUUUUCUGUAUACUUUUUAAGAGUCCGGGUGCCAUCGCAAUUCUCAUACAAACGUAACGUAACAUACAAGAUCAUUUCCCGUACGAGAAUUUUUACCAAAUUUGAGUUAUUAUUCAGCUUAAGAUAGGAAUUA